AUGAUGAAGAGUAUAUUGGGUAGUGGCUUGAUUAAUAAUAUAGUCAAGAGCUCAUUGAAUAAAGCAGUAUUAAGACCAUCGUUCACACCUAUUCGUUUCAACUCAAAUAAUGCAAACUUGGAUCAAUUAAAAAGUAUAUUCAAUCAACCAAGUGAAAAAUCGACCACCAAAGAUUCACAAAGCAAAUCAACUUUAAAUAUUGAUGAUUUAUUAAGCAAUUCAAUUCUUGAAACAAGAGAAAGACCGCAAUCAAAUUCAUUUGGCGUGUAUGAUAAGUUUGGAUUUGAACAAACAAGACAACCAACACCUCGUGAAGUCGCUAAGAAUAUCCGUGAAUUUGGUGUCAAUGCAGGUAGAACUGUUGAUGUUAACUAUAAUAACAUAUCAAGAUCACUUGCUCAAAUCAAAAGAGUUGUCAAUGAUAAUAAAAUAAGGUACUUGCAAAGAAUUCAAAGCAGAUUUAUCCGUCCUGCCAAAUACAGAAAACAAUUGAAGAGAGAAUGGUGGAGAAGAAGAUUUUCUCAAGGAUUUAAGGAAUUAUUGCAUGAAGUCAACGAUGCUAGAAGAAGAGGCUAUUAG